AAAUGUACGGAAAAUUCUCUGCAACUCUCUUCCCAAUUGAAACUGAUUCGCUUGCACAAAACUCAAAUGACCAUUGCCUCUAGAGCUCUCUUUCUCUUCCAGAAAUCAAUCGCAAUAGCAAGCACUGUAACAACAACACAAAAGCCCCAAAGUUGGAGAAUCCAAUUCAAACAAACCCAAUUAGUUUCCCAAAUUUCCUCUAUUCUCUUGCAAAGACAAACAAAUCAAUGGCCUUCCCUUCUCAAGAACCUCAAACUUUGUUCUUCACAAUUUACUCCAUCUCUCUUCCUUCAAAUCCUCCACAACACCCAAACCAACCCACAAGUCUCUCUACGCUUCUUCGACUAUGCCAAGAACAAUCUUGGGUUCCAACCUGAUGCCAAAGUUCUUUGUACACUUGUGUAUAUACUUCUCGGGUCCGGACUAUCCAAACCCGCAAAACCCAUCUUGGAUACUCUCAUUCAAACAUACCCACCAGCCCAAAUUGUAGGUUUCUUGAUUCAGUCACUGAAAGUUGGUGAAAUUCACAUUCAGUCUUCAGUCUUGAGCUCAGUUCUUGAAUGUUACUGCAAUAAAGGUUUGUUCUUGGAAGCUCUUCAGGUUUAUCAAAUAGUUAGAGAAUAUGGCUAUUUUGUAUCUGUUAAUUGUUGUAAUACAUUGCUUAAUUUACUGCUCAGUAAGAAUGAGUUAAGAUUGGGCUGGUGUUAUUUUGGUUCUAUUAUUCGUAAUGGGGUUCAGGAGAAUGUGGUUACAUGGUCUUUAAUUGCUCAAAUGCUUUGUAAAGAUGGGAAAUUUGAGCAAAUUGUUCCUAUUCUAGACAAGGGUGUAUGCAGUCCUGUUAUGUAUAACAUACUCAUAGACUGUUACUCUGAGAGAGGGAACUUUGAAGCUGCAUUUGGUUAUUUAAAUGAUAUGUAUAGUAAAUGUAUUGAUCCCACCUUUAAUACUUUUAGCUCAAUUCUUGAUGGUGCUUGCAAAUAUCAAAAUGCCGAAGUGAUUGAAUCAGUGAUGAGUUCCAUGGUGGAAAAAGGACAUCUCCCGAAAGUUGUGUUACCUGACUAUGAUUCUGUGAUUCGAAGGUUCUCUGAUAUGGGAAAAGCAUAUGCAGCUGAAUUGUUUUUCAGGGAAGCUUAUGAAAAAAGGAUUAAGCUACAAGACAAUACUUAUGGCUCUAUGCUAAGGGCAUUCUCCAAGGAAGGUAAAGCUGAAGAUGCUAUUUGGAUGUACAACAUUAUAGUUGAGAGAAAAAUAUUCAUCAGUGACAAAUGCUAUAGUGCCUUCAUGAGUGUCCUAUGCAAUGAAAAUCCAUCACUGGAAGUUAGCAGUUUGUUGAAAGACUUGAUAGGAAGAGGAUUCGUACCUCCCGUAUCUCAAGUAUCUAAAUUUAUAGUUUCUCAAUGUGAAAAGCGUCAGUGGAAAGAAGCUGAGGAGCUUCUGAAUGUAAUUUUUCAAAGAAGACUUCAGUUUGAAUCUUUUUGUUGUUGCUCUUUGGUGCGGCACUAUUGCUUUAGCAGAAGGAUUGAUUCUGCCAUUUCUUUACAUACUGAACUAGAGAGACUUGGUGUUGCUUUAGAUGUAGAGACCUACGGUUUACUACUUGACAGUCUGUUUAAAUCAAGACGGCGUGAAGAAGCUCUAAAGAUCUUCGAUUACAUGAGAACACAUGAUAUGUUAAGCAGCGAAAGUUUUUCAAUCAUGAUUAGAGGGCUAUGUCAGGAACAGGAGUUUAGAAAAGCAAUGAGACUGCAUGAUGAUAUGCUGAAAUUGGGGUUUAAACCUGACAAAAAAGCAUAUAAGCGAUUGAUUUCUGGGUUUGGCUAAAUAAUACAUUUUCGCCUCAUUUAUAUUUUAUCUCUUCACUUACAAUACAUACUGUACAGCAUGGUUGCUCACCUGAGAGUAGAUCUUGGUGAUGCUCGCUUUCGGUAGCCAUCCAAUUUUUUUUAUCUCUCUACGCACAAUUUAAACAGCAUACAAUGAGAAAUAUGAAUCUGUCCUUUACUUACAAAAGGUAAUUUCUGUUCCUUUUCACUUUCCCUUUUUCAUUUGACUCAAAAUUCUGUUCAGAAAGGAUUUACAUUUAUGUAAUAGCCCAAUUGUUUGACAGCAGAAAAUUUCAUACUUUUGGCUUCACUUGAAUGUUUAUCUACUGAUGUCAUGGUGGACUUGUUUGUAAAUUGGCAGUAUUGACGAUCUAAAAUUUUUAUGUCUGUCCUAUGCAUCAUUGCCUAAAGAAUUCUCGUGACAAUUGCAUGUUAGACUGUACUUUCUUUACCUGGAAAUAGUUUCCAGUGGCUUCCUUCUAAAUGCUUUCAUCUCCCCUAGCAGAGGUGUCAUUGUUCGGUUGCAUUUCAGCUUUCACUCUUUCUGAAGUGAUUCGUACUGUCUCUUGUGAUGUGUGACACUGAGGUCGAUCAACUUAAACAUCUGAGUGUAAUUCUAGUUGUAUUUGAAGUUGUCUCUGGGCUUCCUAUUAAUUGGAGAAAAGUUACUUGUAUCCAGUCAAUGAAGUGACUAAUUGCUGCAUUCUAACUGGCUAACUGCUACCUUAGGCUGCAAAGUUGGUACCUUACCAACACUCGUCUUGGAUUGUGAUUGGGGGCUAAGCAUAAAGUUGAUAGCAUCUGGGAAGGAGUGAUGAAAUGUGAGAAAAGGUUAGCCAGAUGGUGUAUCAUUACUGGAGGACAUUAGAUCUCUGCGGCCUCUAAUACUGGGAUCAAGGUGGGCAACAACAGAAAAGGUUCUUUGUGGAAAGGACACAGACCUUUGCAAGUUGUGUUUUCAGAUUUAUUCACAUUGCCUUCAAAAGCUGCAUCUACAGAGUAAAUGGAUUUGGAAUAUCAACCUCCGAGUAAAUUUCAAGUCUGUUGAUUUUUUCAAUCAUUUGAACACAUAUCAGCAGCUAAUUAAUACUGAAGACAACAUAACAUGGAUUUCUAGCAAGAAGGGUCUAUUCACAGUGAAAUCAAUCUACAGAAAAUUAAGAAAAGAGAAGUUACCAAGUCAUUGGCCAUUGAAACAGAUGUUGAGAUCCAAUGUUCCAUUCCAUGUGGUUUUCUUUACAUGGAUUGAAGCUUGUGAGAAUAUCCAAAAAGAGGUUUUGAGCUAUGCAGCAAGUGAGAGCAUCUGCAACUUGCUUUUGACCUGUGGUUUGCAAUUGGUCAUACAAAGAUCAACAAAUGAUUUACUGAGGUGCUAAGCACAGAAAAGACCCAAGUAAGGAAGAGAAAAGACUAUACUUGCUGGACUGAAGAAAUAAAAUACAUAUGUUUUGAAGAUUCUGCAAGCUCCGCCAACAAGAUAAAACUGUAAUUGUGUAUGUUUUUGUUUUGUUUUGCUUAUGUUAGACUCAAACAUCUUUUCUUAUUUAUUAGUUCACAUUUAGUUAAGUCGAUUAUUGACCUAAAUAAUGUA